AUGCUGAACAUCAGAGACCUGCCCAACGAGCUUUUGCUGUGGAUUGUGUCGCAUUUGGAUGGUAGUGCGAUGUUCGCCCUUGCAAAAUCAUGCAAAGACCUCGAUCUUAGACUCCAGCCCAGCAUCUGGAGAUAUAACAUCAAAUUCCAGAACAGCAACCUGUUGCACCUGGCCGUCAAAGACGACAAUGUUAAUCUUGCGGCGGUUUUGCUCCAGCACAAUGCCAACAUCAAUGCCUUUUACCGAGGGAAAACACCGUUGAUGAGGGCGUUUCAAUACUCUUCCGCUGCAAUGCGUGAGCUGCUGCUCAAUCGUCGAGAGCUAGACCUCAACAUUCAUAAUCAAGCGCGCGAAACCGCGCUGUGGUAUGCCAUUCACUAUGGAAAUUACUCCAUGGUCAACAGACUUUUAGAACACCCCAAAGUCAGAGUGGACAUCAAACACAAACACGGCCGAACGGCGCUGCACCUAGCGGUCUUCGCUGGCAGGAUAGAGUUCGUACAUAUUUUGCUGUCAAGAGGUAGCAACCCUGAUCUACAGGAUGAUUCAGGCGACUCACCGUGGGCCUGGGCACGCCAUUUCAAUAGACCCGUGAUGAAAAUGAUUCUUUCCAAAGACCCCGACUCCGACUUGUUUCUUGGAAAUCAAUCAUCAUGGGACGCUCCGCUACCGCUGCAUCAAGCAGUCGCCCAUGGUUCUGUCGCCGCUGUCCGGCGGCUUCUUAGACGAAAAGAUCCGGCGCUAGACACCCAGGACCGGAAAGGUUAUACGCCGAUCCAUCUCGCCAUCGAAUGCAAUCGCCCUGAAGUGGUCGAUUUGCUCCUGCGUCACCCGCGUGCCAAUGUGAACUGCACAGAUAAAGAUGGAAAUACGCCGCUUUGGCUUUCCACUUACUCGUCUUCCUUUGAGAUAACCGAAAGGCUGUUGGCCGAGAAAGACAUCAACGUUAAUUUUAUUGGGGGCCGUGGGAGAUUCGAAAUGCCGUCUACAUCUCUACACCACGCCGCGAUCAGAUUGGAUACCAUGCUUCUACGGCGGCCGCUUGCGGUGCCAGAGAUCGAUCCGAAUCUCUGCGUUGCAGGUCACUCUCCAAUCUCCAUUGCCGCAUCCCGCGGAUGCGUGAGCACGGUUGCUUGUCUGCUGAGUAUGGGGAGCGUGGAGAUCAAUGGGAUGGGCAUCAUAGAUCCGCCAAUCUGUCAAGCGGCUGCACACGGCCAUCAUGAUGUGGUCCGGCUAUUAGUGCAAGAAGGCACACGUCUGAACAUCAAUGAAAGCACGAUCGUAUCCCACGACACUGCACUCUGCAUUGCUGCCCGUGCUGGUGACUUGGAGAUGGUCCAGGCACUCUUGUCCCAUCACCAAAUUGAUGUCAACCUCCGGAAUGAAUAUUUCGAGGAUCCGUUGAUGUUGGCAGUCAAGGCAAGAGACGACUGCAUCAAGAGUGCUAUUCGGAACAGAAUGGAAUCCAACAACUCUCGUCAAACAUCGUUGAGGCGGUCUCCGAGGAUGAAGUUUGGUCGUCUGGAGAGUUAG